AUGGUUUCCAAGAACAUCUUCGCCAUUCUGGCUGCUGCCAUCGCCGUGCAAGGCAGCCCCAUGGAAAAGCGCGCAGUCGUGAACCAUGACUCGAUCACACCAUUUCCCGAGACCGUCCCCAAUUCUGCCACUGGAAACGCGUAUAAGAAGUUCGAGCCAUAUCUACACAUUGCACAUGGCUGUCAAUCCUACCCGGCCGUUGCCGCCAACGGUGAUGUGAGUGGAGGUCUUCAAGACACCGGUAGCGCAACAGGCGGGUGUCGCGACCAAAGUAAAGGGCAGACCUACGUGCGCGGUGGCUGGCACAAUGGCCGGUAUGGUAUCAUGUACGCAUGGUACAUGCCAAAGGACAUGCCCAACAGUGGUGUAUCAGCGGGUGCGCACCGCCACGACUGGGAGAAUGUUGUUAUCUGGGUAAACAACCCGGCCAACGAUAACCCAACCUUGCUGGGAGGUGCAGCGUCGGGUCACGGCAGCUACAAGAAGACGGACAACCCACCGCGGGAGGGCGAUAGGCCUAAGGUGGAAUACUUCACCAACUUCCCAACCAACCACGAGCUGCAGUUCACUAAUACGCUGGGACGUGAUCUACCACUCAUUGCCUGGGAGUCUCUUCCCGAGGCUGCGAGACAGGGGCUUGAGAGUGCCGAGUUUGGGAAGGCGACCGUCCCGUUCAAGGACUCAACCUUCCAGGGAAAUCUCGAGAAGGCUGCUCUUUAG